AUGAACCCUGGGAAUAGCUCACCAGACGACGAGCAAAGUGAUCACGGUUCUCUACCUCCGGCCUUGGCCGAUUAUCUUCAUGUAACCGUAGGGCAUACGGUAAAGAAUUCGGUUCCUAGUUUUGCGGGAAACAAGUUGACUGUCACGGCCAUUAGGAACACCGGCCGAAACCUCGGGUACAUACUUGGCUUGGUGGUUGGUGGAGAUUGCUAUAAGGCGGCGUUGCUUGAAGAGAUUGAAACGCAGAACAGGACACUGCCAUUACCUGCUGACCUCUACAUGGCGUCUCGCCUUCUGCUCUUUAUAUACGUCGACGAAAAAACUGACGCGGUGACUAAGACCAGCAAGCGGGCCUGGCAGAGCAGUACUCUAUCGGCCGUUGCUGUCAAUGUGGACUGGCUCGAGCGUCUGGGUCAAACCGCGGCUAUCGAGCAAAUGAAAGUGAACGGGGCGCAUUUUUCGGGCUCUGUUUUCACGCGCCAUUUACACUACGAGGUCGAUGUUGCCUCUUUAAUAGCUGCUGGAGCCGCGGUUCAGUACCGGUUCCACUCACCUGGGGAGCUAACCGCACCUCUUUCUGAGCGGUUCAAGGUCAUGAUGGAUUGCAAUAUGUUCGAUAAACCUUUUGAUAGAUCAUUCAAGGAGUGGAUGCAAAACCACGAAAAUCCGGACAGCUGCGUGUCUCAGCGUUACUUCAGGUUACCGGCCCGUCCUGGUACGGUGAUCGGAUUGCCGCGAGGAGACUCGAGGAUCGUUGAAGCUUCAGCGUUUCGGACACUGGGGUCAGAAACUGGCUCUUGGCCGGCGUUGGAUCGAGUGGUUGAAACAAUUGAGUCUUUUUGUGCAACAACGCAGGUCGCUGAAGACCCUGCUUGUCCGGGUGUGGGUACUGCUGCGGCGAUCCAGGAGUCUCUACAGCAAACGCCUGUUGAGCAGGGUUCUUCUCCUUUCGAGGGAAUGCAAAUGCCGGGAAGGCCGAAUAUUUCGGCGGUGUGUCCGAGGAAAUCGUUUGCGAUUGCCGUGGUGGAGGAGACUAUCCGUGCCUGGGAUUAUACGUAUGGCGUCCCCGCAGACCGGCUGGCACAAAUAAGGAAAGCAAAGAUCUUGCGUCGGGGACUGACUAGCUGGCGGACGACUCGUUUCAAGGACUUGGGCUUGUUGACAACGAUACCGGAAAAGGCCGUCAGGCCAGCAACGACGUUUGGCGUGUUGACACACAUGGCCAUGAAGGUAGCCAACUACCGAACAGAAUAUUCAGAUUUUUCGGGGAUCGUGUGUUGUGCUGUGGUGAAUGUUAUGCUCUUUUUAUUGCACGUUUAUGGUUAG